AUGCGUGGCGCUGGUAUUGAUGUAACAGAGCUCUUUGAUAAAGUUCAUCCAUGGGUCAAUUACGAUUCAAUGUUAGCAAAAUGCUUAGUGGGGCCCCUUCGAGCUGAUAGACCUGAUGCUGAGGAACUUUUUGACAUCACAAAUGCAUCUCCAAAAACUGAACGUCUUAGAGAACCGUCAAAAGCCCAAGAACUCGUUAGAAAAUCAAUGGAAAAUUUAGCAAACUGUAUACCACCUGUGAGGAAAAAGAUUACUACUAAAAGCGAAGAUAACGUUAAAGGAAGUUAUCCAAGCAAAAUCCUGUAA